UGGUGAAAUAUUAUUCUCAAAAAUGUGACAUGAGAAGGGACGGGUUCUUUUGUAGUUUAAAGAACUGUCAUUUGUGGGUAAGGCGAAUCGGCGUUAGUGUCCUUGCAGGACAGCUUUAUUUAUAAGAAAGAAGAUGGCGGAAUUUUCCCCAGUCCUGCCUUUACGGGAUGGAGGCGGACGGUUUGGUCAACCUGUAUUUCCAAGAUCUCGGUCCGGAUCAGAAUCGGAGAGUGAGUUGUCGCAGAGUUUGGCCCGGACAAAAACCCGUUCCUAUGGAAGUACAGCCAGCGUUACUGCCCCAUUGGGAGAGAAGUAUGUGGAGCACCGUGUUACGGACGGUGAUACCUUACAGGGAAUAGCGCUUAAAUAUGGUGUUACGAUGGAACAGAUCAAAAGGGCGAACAAGCUUUUCAGCAAUGACUGCAUAUUUUUGCGGAAUAGUUUAAACAUUCCGGUUGUGUCAGAGAGACCCGCUCUCUUUAACGGACUGUCUUUGGAAUCUCCUGAGAGUGAGGCAGACACACCUCAGGAGCCUGUGUGUGUGACGCAGAAUGUAGAGGAUCCAUCUCCCCCUCUCUCUCCUGCCCCAGGACCGUCAGGAUCCAGCAGCCAAUCUCAGCAAGCAGAGGAGCUUUCUGCAAAAGACUACUUACAUAGACUGGACAUGCAAAUUAAGUUAUCUAAACUGGCUGCGAGAAAACUUAAAGUAGAGGAUGGCAGGGAGGAUGAAGAUCCAUCACUUCAAGGCUCACUGUAUCAGGAGAUUUGAGAAAACAAUGUUUACCUGAAAUAGACAUGAUCCAAUCCUCAUCCUAUGCCGGCUCUUUUUAACCGUUUCACCAAACCAGGAAACGGGAGGUCACGUCCAUGUGUUUGCACUGAGAGUGUCAUGUUUUUGCCUUUCACAAACUGUUAUGGUUAUUGUUACUCUUUUAAAUAAUUUAUCCAAACUUUCAAAAAUAAGAUCCUAGGGACAUAGAGGCGUCCAUUCAAACUCACUGAGUGCUGUGGAGAAAGCUUCAGUUUCCCAGACUACAUAAGGAACAGCCUGUGUAGUGCAUAAGCAUAUGAAGGAAAGUCCUUCCUCUAAAAACCCAGUGUAUGUGAACACACUCUGCUGCAUUUAGUCUUAGUGAGACAAUAUGAAACCGAAGGCUGACAGCCUGUCACUUUGACAUCAUUGGUUGAAAUCCCAUGCAGAGCUU